AUGAUUUUACAAACCGAACCUACCGAUCAAAACCCGUAUGCCUGGGAUUUCGCCGACAAUAUUACUGGUCAAUUUCCCAGUGAACCCUAUGAUGAUUUGGGUUAUAUUUCAUGGCUGUUUAGGAUCAAUUACUUUUUCUCUUGCUCAACAGGAGGAGCGGCGUCAAUAACAUUGCUGUACUUGAUUUACAGUAGGACUUAUGGAGCGCUGGAGCGUUUCCGUAGAAUGCUUUUCAUGUGUGCCAUCACUGACUUCAUUUUCUGGACGGUCGAUUCGUUGGUUCAAAUUGUAAGUGGAUUAAUUUGAUACAUACGGGUUUCCAGAAAGGUAAAGAGGCCAACGGAAUAGUCCUUGUAAAGUUGGAAGGUCCGAUUGGGUACUUGGACCGGAAAUGGCAAGUCUUGGGUACGACCGCGUACGUGGUAUCGGUGAGCUUGUCAAUGACUGUGUUGCCAGCACAAGCCUACUUUCGGUAUUACUCAAUCACACGGUAAGUCUUUCAAAGGAACGCGAAAACUGUUGUAAUCAUGUGUUCUUAAUAUUUUCGCUCUAAGCAAAAAUAUUGAAUAUCCUCAGUUAAAAAGAACUGCUCGUUGCAGCUGGAUCUCCCUUAACGGUGCGAAAACGUUUGGACUAUUCUUGAUAUCCGUCUUGUCCUGCAUCCCGUUGGGAUACUUUUCCUACACAAGUUACAAUAUCUCUGCCGAGGCCUAUCCUGGUUUUAACUAUGGCACGUUGUGGUAUCGAGAGGUGCCAUUGCCAACCUUGUUGAUCGGGAAUACUGUAAGCUGAACCGUAAAAUUUAAUAGUCUAAAAAUUUCAUCAUCCUAGGCCUCCAUGUACCAAAAGCUCUACUUUGCCACGGCUGCUCUUCUCUUUGUUCUGUCGUAUAUUGGCGCGGUAGGGCUGGGCUUUUGCACCGCAAAGGCGUUGAAAAGUCGGGAAGAAAUGUAUUCCACAAGAACGAAGCAAUUGCAAAGGCAAAUGUAUUUGUUUUUGGUGUGUCAGGCAAGAGAUGCGCCAGUUUAUAAUGCGAUAAAUACUUUAGGCCCUCUUAAUUCUAUGCGUAUCAGUGGUUCCCGUCCUUCUCGUCAUCGUCCCGUCCUUUCUUCACUUGGAUUCGGGGAUGACUUUGGGCGUGGGAUUACUGUUCCUAAGCUGGAUUCCGGUUUGCAACGCGGUUACCACAAUUUGCGUAAUUGUCCCAUUUCGCAGAGCUAUCUUGAGCAAAAUUGUCUCAACAACGGCGCGGAUCUCGGACUUCUCAACAAGUGCAUGAGAUUUCUACACCGGUGGAAACAACAUAUGCACAUAAAUAAAUAUAAUAUUAAAGCCUUUAUAAUGCAAUAAAUAUGGUUUGUUAAAAGGUCAAUGUCCUUAACCUAUAUGGCACUUUAUGGAGCCGUCAGAUUUUCCGGAAAUUCGAGAUAUUUCUUUUCGAUUUUUUAACCUUGGUACUUUGUUCGGUUCUGACUAAAUAAUACGCCUAAAGAUAGUAUUCCAUCCGUGGGUUCAAUACAUUCGUUGUUGGAAAUUUGGAUAGUUUCAGCCGUGUAAUUAUCAGCUAAGUAUCAAAAUAAUUGACGACAAAGACCUGAAAUUAGUAGGUUGCCGUAUUUCCUAAGACAAAAUUGUCCGGCUCCUUAUUAAUACACAAACGUCCGCUUCAAUAGAUGAUGUUGCACACGGCACCGACGAAUCAGAAUCCGUAUGCUUGGGAUUUGGCCGACAACAUUACUGGGCAAUUUCCAAGUGAACCCUAUGAUGAAUUGGGCUAUAUUUCAUGGCUAUUUAGGAUGAAUUACUUUUUUUCUUGCUCAGCAGGAGGAACGGCGUCAAUAACGUUACUGUACUUGAUCUACAAUAGAACUAAUGGAGCACUGGCGCCCUUCAGAAAAAUGCUUUUCAUGUGUGCUAUCACCGACUUCAUUUUUUGGACGGUAGAUGUGUUGGUUCAAAUUGUAAGCUAGUUGACUUCAUAAUAAAGGUUUUCAGAAAGGUAAAGAGGCCAACGGAAUAGUCCUUGUAAAGUUGGAAGGUCCGGUUGGGUAUUUGGACCGGAAAUGGCAAGUCUUGGGGACCACUGCGUACGUGGUGUCGGUCUGCUUGUCAAUGACUGUGUUGCCAGCACAAGCCUACUUUCGGUAUUACACAAUCACACGGUAAGUCUCUCCCAGAAACGCAAAAGUUGUUGUAACAUUGGGUUUCAAUAUUAUUCUUCAGCUCGAUUUCUCUGAACGGCGUAAAAACUUUUUUACUAUUCCUGAUGUCAGUGUCGUCCUGCAUUCCAUUGGCAUACUUCACCUACACAAGUUACAACAUCUCUGCCGAAGCCUAUCCAGGUUUUAACUAUGGCACGUUGUGGUAUAGAGAGGUGCCAUUGCCAACUUUGUUGAUUGGGAAUACUGUAAGCUAAGCUAUUAGAUUCUUUGAAAAAGUCCUCAUUUUAGGCUUCGAUGUACCAGAAGCUCUACUUUGCAAUGUCUGCCAUUCUCUUUGUUCUGUCGUAUACUGGCGUUGUGAUUCUCGGAUUUUUUACGGCAAGAGCGUUGAAAAGACGGGAGGAAAUGUACACCGCCAAAACAAAGCAGUUGCAAAAACAAAUGUCUAUGUUUUUGGUGUGCCAGGUAAGAAGUCAAUUAUACAUUUUUACAUGACCCUCAGUUGGUCCAAUUUGGCUCGAGAUCAAUAUCUUUUUUUUGCUAUACUGUAACAUAACACAAUAUAGGCCAUAUCAAUGCUAUGCGUAUCAGUGGUUCCCGUCCUUCUCGUCAUCGUCCCGUCAUUUUUUCACUUGGAUUCGGGCAUGACUUUGGGCGUGGGAUUGCUGUUCCUCAGUUGGAUUCCGGUUUGCAACGCCGUAACCACAAUCUGUGUAAUUGUCCCAUUUCGCAGAGCUGUAUGGCGCAAGAUUGUCUCACCUACGGGAAGGAGCUACUCAACAAGUGGAUGA